UACCAGUUUAACCCCCUUCCUGUCACAUGCCAUCCGGAGGGUUUGCCAUGGAAUUUCCAUGGAUCCUUAGAGAAGUCUCCGCACGUCGAGGACUAACCUGCGGACUGGUUAAUCCUUUAAGCGUCAGCGGGAAAGUCUAAGCGAGGAUGCAGUCUCUUAUCAAUCAGUCGUAGAGUGGAGUGGGAAACAGCCCGAAUACGCCCUCGAUGGUAAAUUUGCAAAUGACAGAAGUGAUCCCGCCACCUCGCAGGGCGCGAGGGGAAGGAUAUAACCCAUCACAUCGGGCUCAUUCUAUCUUCCCGUUCUCAUCGUCUCCUCUCUGAAGCGAGCUCUUUUCUUCGCAUCGGGCCGCUGACAAUGUGGCCACUGGCGUUCUUCUUUCUGUCGCUGCCAGCCUUAGGGCAGGCGAAAACCGUCACAUAUGACUUCAAUCUCACUUGGGUCAAUGCGAAUCCUGAUGGCUUGGCCGAGCGCAAGGUCAUCGGAGUCAACGGGCAAUGGCCGCUUCCCGUGAUCGAGGUCGACAAGGGAGACCGGCUGGUGGUGAACAUGUACAACGGGCUGGAGACACACAAUUCCUCCAUCCACUUCCAUGGCCUCUAUCAGAACGGGACGACCUCCAUGGACGGUCCCUCUAUGUUGAAUCAGUGUCCAGUGGUCCCCGGGGCCAGCAUCACAUAUAACUUCACGGUGGAGCAGAAUGGCACCUACUGGUACCACUGCCACACGGACUGGUGUUAUCCAGAUGGCUACCGCCAGGCGCUGAUUGUCCAUGACAACACCCCUCCUUUCAAGUACGAUGAGGAGUAUACUAUCACAAUGAGCGACUGGUACCACAAGCUGACGGAGGAUAUCCGCCCGGAGUUCCUCUCGUUGUAUAAUCCCACCGGAGCAGAACCGAUCCCGCAGGCGUUUCUGGUCAACGACACGAUGAACUCCAAGUUUCCGGUCGAGGCGGGAAAGACGUACAUGCUGCGCCUGAUUAACAUCGGGGCCUUUGUGUCUCAAUACUUCUAUAUCGAAGACCACACCAUGCGCAUUGUGGAGAUCGACGGGAUCUAUGUCGACGAGACCGAGGCUGAGGUACUGUACAUCGCAGUGGGUCAGCGGUACUCGGUUCUCGUUACGAUGAUGAACUCCACUGAGAAGAACUACCCUAUGGUGACUAUAGCCGACUCCGUCCUGCUCGACACCGUGCCAUCGGAUUUAGUCUUGAACCAGACCAACUGGCUCGAGUACAACACCCAGGCCGAGUACGCCGAGGCGACUCUCAGCAUUAAUGUCUCCUCCGAGCUGGAAGCCUUUGACGAUAUGAGUCUGGUUCCGUCCGAUCGGGCGGCUUUGCUCCCGGAGCCCGACAUCCAGGUCAAGCUGACCGUUCUGAUGGACAACCUGAUCAACGGAAAGGGGUACGCAUUCCUAAAUGAUAUCAGCUACACUUCGCCCAAGGUGCCCACCUUAUACACUGUGAUGUCUGCAGGCGAUCUAGCGACCAACGCAACCGUAUAUGGCGAGUACACCCACCCAGUGGUCUUAGACCACAACGCUGUGGUUGAGAUCGUCCUAGAGAACCAAGACACAGGCUCCCAUCCGUUCCACCUACACGGCCACGCCUUCCAGCUGGUGACGCGCUAUCCGGCCUAUGGAGCAGACUUCUACGACUACUCGGCCGGCACGACCUUCGCUACGUACGAUAGCUCCAACACAACGCUGACCGACAGCUUCCCGGCGUACCCGGCCCGCCGGGACACGCUCGUACUCCCGCCCGGCGGGUACUUCGUCAUCCGGUUUGUUGCCGAUAACCCGGGGGUUUGGUUCUUCCACUGCCACAUCGACUGGCACCUGGCCCAGGGCCUGGCCAUGACUUUUGUGGAAGCCCCCGCCUUGGUCCAGGAGCGACUGACUAUUCCCGCCGACCACUGGGAGGUCUGCCGCGCGGCUGGCGUGCCCGACGAGGGCAAUGCGGCGGCGAAUACGGUCGACUACCUUGAUCUGACCGGCCAGAACGCCCAGCCCGCCUGGCUGCCUGCCGGGUUUACGGCGCGCGGCAUCAUCGCUCUCGUCUUCUCCUGCGUGUCGGCUGUCGUAGGCAUGGGCUUUAUCACGAUGUAUGGUCUCUCAGAUUUGAAGUUCACGGAGACGGAACUGGGGAUGGGCGAGCUGGCGGUCACGGACGAGGUGGCGAUGACUGAGUUCAGAGAGGAGCCUGUCACGGCUUACCGGGAUUGAAAGAGGGCAGGUGUGCUGUACUGUAUAGAUCAUGCUAUAGAUUCUCAUGCUUUCAGUUGUUUCGCAGGCGUUGAAAUACUGAUGAAUGAACGAUUGUGUCUUGUUUAUGCUCGUAAGUUUGAGUAUCUUUUAUAUAACCUCUUCGUCCUCAAUGCUUCUCUCUUCAUCGAGCAACGGCUGUCAUCUCUUUGCUGCUCCGAGGUCGAUAGUUCUUAACGGACAACAAAGCGGACAAGGUUUUUCUGUCUAAAUAACUUGUCUGAGAGUCUAGUGAGUUUCUUAGCCACAUAGGUAACAAAAAACAAUGGCA